AUCGGUGUGCCUGUCCACCGUAGCCUAAGCAACUGUGGAACAACUUUGGAAGAAAAGAUAUGGAUUAAAUGUGACUCAUCUUUUUCUGGAUAUAUUCAUUUUUAGAUUGAAGAAAAGAGGCUGAAGACUGAGGGAAAUAGUGAAUUCCACAAUGAACUGUAUAGCUCUCCUGGUGGUUACAGUCUGUUGUGUCUCUUGGACCUCUGCAAAUUAUCACUACCAUGAUCAAGAGAAGGACAAAGAACUUAAGUACCUAUUGGAACCACUGGUAUAUGCUGAGGUCACUGCCCGUCGUGGACAAGCAGUUAUUUUGCCCUGUAUGAUGAGGUUCAAAUUACCGCACUACAGAGUGAAGUGGACUAAGAUUGAACCCCUCAGUCGAGGAGUGGAAAAUAUAGUGCUCAUCACGAAUGGACAUGCAGAUAAGCAGUAUGGUUCAAUCGGGCCUCGAGCUUCUCUUCAACGUGCACAUGAUCUAGAUAUUUCCCUUCGCCUCGCCGAUCUGGAGCUGGAAGAUGAUGGCAGAUAUCGCUGCGAACUGAUCGACGGAAUUGAAGAUGAAAUUGUCAUCCUUACUCUGAGGAUUGAAGGGGUUGUAUUUCCUUAUCAAAGCCACCACAGUCGGUAUAGAUUUACAUACUUUGAUGCAAAAGAGGCUUGCGCUGAACAGGAUGCAGUACUUGCCACCUACAAGCAGCUUUAUCGGGCUUGGACUGAAGGAUUGGACUGGUGUAAUGCUGGAUGGCUGAAUGAUGGAACUGUCAACUACCCGAUCCUUCACCCACGGCUGGCCUGUGGAGGUGAUCUCCCACCAGGUAUCCGAAGUUAUGGGCCCCGUCACAGAAUACGGGAACAGUAUGAUGCUUUCUGCUUCACCUCUACAACCAAGGGCUCUGUGUUUUACAUUCCGGGGCCACUGAAUUUUGUUGAGGCGGAGCAUGCCUGCAGACAUGAGGGGGCCGAUCUAGCGAGAGUUGGUCAGGUCUACUCCUCCUGGAAGUUUCUGGGGCUGGACCGCUGUGAUGGAGGCUGGCUGCUUGAUGGCAGUGUACGAUUCCCUAUCAUCAAACCAAGGGGACGUUGUGUAGGGAUUACAGAACAGGGCGUUCGUAGCUUUGGGUAUCCCAGCAAAGGUUUGCGUCUUUAUGGGGCUUAUUGCUACAGGUAA